AUGGUGGCGUGUGCUGCUGUGGCCACUCAUCCUCCGAUUUCGCUGGCGGUGCCCAUGACAUCUUGCGCACUGACCGUUGAGCAGCUCAAGCAACAUCUCCUCACCGCCAUCGAGAAUGGAAAGAGUGAAGUUGCGUGUGAUGUGCUCUCGGAGCUCGAGAAGUCCUCAAUCACGAAGGAAAUCCUCGAGUCUACGCGUGUUGGUGCUACUGUGAACGAGGUCAGGAAAAAGACGGCGGACAUAUUUCCGGUAGUGUCGAAACGAUGUCGUGCACUUAUAAAAGCUUGGCAAAAACUAGUAGAGGUGCGUCCAGCCUCAAGCACUACUUCUUCAGCCAAUGGAACUCCAAAUUUAGUUUCUCCUGGCCUCGCAAAGUUGCAGCGUCGGGUAACACCCGGUACGCCUGUAAAUCGACGGAUCACAUCUACUGGUCUAGCAGGAAGUGCUGUGAGUAGUGCAGCUGUGUCUCCUGCGAAUGGAAGCUAUGCACCAAAACAGCUUACAUCUCCCAGUAACGGAGUACUGCACAAGUCGCAGUCAGUAGGUACUGAUCUUGUCGGCCGUGGUGAAGAUCCAAGAAAUGGGAAGCGAAAGUUGGAAGAUAGCAAUGUUGCUGCUUCUACCACGCCAUCAUCAGGAAUAAAACGAACCAAAACAGCUGUAGGCUCAUUAGCCUCUCCUCUCACUCCUACUGUUUCUGUACUGGCCGCAAGGAAAGCUGUCCAAAGCACGAAGGACUUGGUGGCCGAGUUGAGUCAGAACUUACCAGAACACAUGAGUAUAGACUCAUCUAUUCGAGAACAUGAGGAACGGGUGAAGCGUGAACAGCAGGAUGAAGAGUAUGCAAUGCAGCUAUAUGGUGGAGCGUCUACGAGCACACCGUACUCUCAACCUGAGCGAAAAAAGCGAAAAUAUGAACGUAAAGUGAAGCCACAGGAGCCGUCGCCGGAUUCUGUGAAUGUGAACUCUGGCCCUGCUCGUCUAAUCCUUCGCCUUCCACGUGUUGCUCCAGUUAAAGAGGAAGUUGAAGAAACUAAUACACAAGCUAAUGCGUCGAUUCUACCAUCCGCGGCAUCGUCGCGUCCUACCAGUUCCACUACUGCAACUCCUAACAAUGACAGUCGAGGAAAGGUCGACUGGCUGUCUGUUCUGCCAUCGUUGGAGGAGUUACGCGUGAAAGCUGAUGAAAUGAAAGCAUCUCGAGAGCAACAGAAGAAAACACCUCAUCAUCCUACAAAGGCAUACCUUAUCCACGUCAAAAACCGUGAGAUUCUCGCUCUUCCAUACUUAGACGUUCCCACUGUCCCUGAUUUUAUACAGUACAGGUAUCCGAAUCAAGAACAAUACUAUGCUGAAGAAAACUUUAUUUAUGGCGCUCCCCGUAACACGUGA